AUGAGUUCCGCGGGUGGGGCGGGUCUCGCGUCUGCGGGCCUGUAUGCCGUGGUGAGCAAGCCAGCUGUUGUUGCAGCAAAGCCCGAAAAUGCGGAUGAAAAGGCACACCACUUGAAGGACGGGAAGGGUUUUAUAAAUCCAUGGGACAGCUUCCGCGAUUUCGUUGGGUGGAGGAUGGGUGUGAGGCUAUUCUGGAGAAAACUCUCAGGCCAAGCUCGAAAACCAGACACCACUCCUCCCACAGUUCCAGUGGUCACCCCAACUUUCAGAGCAGGCAGGCAAGGCGGCAAGUUGCGAGCAACCUGGCUCGGGCACGCAUGCUACUACGUCGAAUUCCCCUCCGGUCUCCGCGUCCUAUUCGACCCCGUAUUCGAAGACUGCUGCGCUCCCGUCAAUUUCAAGUCGUUCAAGCGAUUCACACCUCCCCCUUGCGAAAUCGAGGACCUACCCACCGUCGACCUGGUAGUCAUUAGCCAUAAUCACUACGACCACUUGAGUUACCCUACGAUCAAACGGAUACAAGAAGCGUUCCCGCAGGCGCAUUUCUUCGCGCCGCUUGGGAAUCGGAAUUGGUUUAUCAAGAGCGGGGUGCCCGAGGGACAGGUGACGGAACUGGACUGGUGGGACACGAAGGACGUGAAGCUCCAAGCGAGAUUCCAGGAUGCGAAAGAAGUGGAUGCGGUUUCUGUGAGCGACAGCGAGACAAAGGCGAAGAGAGAGGAUAUUACAGCGGUGGUAGGCGCGUUACCGUGCCAGCACGUCUCCGCUCGAGGCCCGUUCGAUAAGUGCAAGACCCUCUGGGCGAGUUGGAGUCUCGAAAGUGGCGGCGCGAAAGUCUACUUUGCGGGAGAUACGGGAUACAGGGCUGUCCCUGAAUCCACUCCCGAGGGCGAUGAUGGAUAUGGAACUGAGUACGCACAUCUUCCACAUUGUCCUGCUUUCGCGCAGAUUGGCCAGCAUCGUGGACCUUUCGAUCUCGGACUUAUUCCUAUCGGUGCAUAUGAGCCACGUUGGAUCAUGUCGCCUAUGCAUGCAAAUCCGCAGGAUAGUGUGAAUAUCUUCGUCGAUACGAAAUGUAAGAAGGCAUUAGGGAUGCAUUGGGGUACUUGGGUACUCACCGAGGAGGAUGUAAUGGAGCCACCGAGGAAGCUGAAGGAAGCACUCAGGGAGAAGAAGAUUGAAGAAGACGGAGUGUUUGGAGUUGUUAACAUUGGGGAGAGCAAAGAGUUCGAGAGUAAGUAA